AUGACUCAGCAGCAGACGAGGCAGCGGCUGCUGAUGCAACUGCCGCCGCCGCGCCCAGCAGCAACAGCCGCAACGCCGCAGAGCAGGGACCGCAGGCGGCUAUCGUCCACUCCACCUGUCAACGCACCAGCAGGAAUUGACCGCCCUUACACCAACCGUUUGGGCACCAAAGAACCCCCCAGUGAGAGCCUUCUUAUAUGGCAGAGCGGCGGACGUAAGCAUAAACAGGGAACCCUGGAGGCCGGGACGACUGGCUGCCAGCCCACCACCCAGUGCAGGUGGCCCGCCCGGGAAAACCGGGUGGGCCUGUCCCUCUGCAGCCCUGGAAAGGUCGGCCACCGGGCACCAUGCCGGAAACAAUCAUGUCCCACCCACCCGUACAGGAAUUAUCCGCCCCCGCGCCGCCUGAGGGACCUGGAGUCGCCGGUCUGCGCGGCGAGGGCGCAUCCCGGCAUCUGCGGCUGGGCCGUGGCUACCGAUUGUAUCAGUAUCCGCACCGAUGAUUGA